AUGGGCAUAAGCUCUCUUGUAACAAAGCCCCCAGAACCCCUGCUUGAAAAAGCCAGCGACUUGCUAACUCAAUACCACAAAGCGGUGAUGAAAUACUUAGAUUUCCUCCAGGCCCAAUCACGACGUUCUAAAGAAGGAUGCCUGGAAAGUCUGAAGAAGUACAUUGACAAGAGCUUGAAACAGAUGUCUGAGCAGCGUGAACGCGACGACACAGUUAUCGAUCGCGCUCGAAUGGAAGUCGAGGCCAUGGAAGAAGGCGAAGAACGCAAGCGCGCAGCGGACCAGCUCGCUUCAAAGAUGAGGACAAGGAUGUUCGAUUCGUUGCUCAAGGCGGCAAUGCACAACGGCGUGCAGGAGUUGGUCGAGGCGGUUGAGGGGAUUGUGCGGAAUCAUGUGCCGAAUGAGGCCGAUAAUCUUUACUCGUAG